AUGGCUUUGACUAAUUCCCGACCUUUGCAGAUUCCUGCACUAGAGAACGAAGCUCUUCACAAUUCAGCUUCUCCGGUUUUCCAGCCAAGUUCGCUCAGUAGCUCAUCGCAAAGCUUGUCAUCUGAAGGUUUAGCUGAGAGAAGUAAUUCGAGCGCAACUUCAGAGUCCAGUAACGAGAAUAGCAUUUCGGAAACCCCUCUGGCUCACAAAGAUCUGUCAACACUGAAAAGGUCAAAUACGUCGUCCCCAGUACCGUCUUCAGGAAGUGUAUCUGAGCUUUCUAUAACAGUCCCAGUCACAGGCCAGCGUCCUAAACCCAUUAAAAAGGAUCUGUCCAUGGACGAUGACAUUUUGUUGGCAAUAUUCGUUAUACUCUACGAAAAUGACCCACAACAAAAGGGUGUCACUGUCAAACAGCUGUGCGAUUUUGUAGCCGAAAAACACCCUGAUAUGGCAGGCGCAUCAACCAAGCUUUCUAAUCUGAUCUCAGCCAAGCUUAAUGCUUACGUGAAGAAAGUAGAAAAAGGUGAAAAGACACUGAAAUAUGCACUCUCGCGGCAGUGGUCGGAAGGCUCUCCGCGCAGAAUGGUUUACGUGUACCGUGGAGUCUUGGCUUCAGACUAUAAAGCUCAUACUCAGUCCAUGAUGCUACAAAGACAAGAAUCAAAAUCAAAAGCAGGAAAGUCGAGCGGAAAUUCUAAGAGGGGCCCAUCUGCAUUGCAGGGUUCUAACAACUCCACUACAGACGCGGUAGGUGCUGAGAUCAAAAACAGUAGCCAAGGAGCCCGCACGUUUGCAGUCAACAAUACGUUCAGCAUUAGUUCCUUUGGCAGCGACUUCAAUAUACCCUACGCAACAGCGCCUGUUACAAUGAGACUCAUUCCGAACACCACAGAAAGCAACACCGAUGUCACUCCCAGUGAUAGUUCUCGGGAUUUGCGAUUGAGACCCAGUUUCAGUGAGCCAGUAAGCAAAAGAACGAAAGUUGCCUCGGCAGAUGCAACAGCGUUCACAGCGGCACCCUACAUCACGGCCGCAGCCGCGGCUCCUAGACUCAGCAAGCUGGCUGCCAAAAGACACAUGGGGAUUCAAGAUCCUGCUGUACUUGGCGCUGCUUCGGGCACUCAAAAAGUCAUUUCUUCUCAAAAACCAAUAGAGUCAAGUCUAUCUUUCAGUCAUACGUUAAUGGAGCCAUUUUCUCCAAUUCUCGCUUGCAAUUCUUGGUUGCAGACCAUACGUUCAGGAUUUUUGCUGGAAGAAAUUGAUUCUCCCGAGGCCAUUUCUGUAGAGGAGUUCGAUGGUCUCUUCUCUUAG